AUGUUCCAACAAUCUUUCAAAGAGAAGACCUCUCUGAACGACCCUGAUAUACAGGAUAACCCAUUCCUGCGUCCUGGGUUUGGAUUGCCAUUGGAUUUCGCACCUAUGCAAAAGAAUGUAUAUGGCAUCCACAACAGGAGUUUAUUCCCAAACGCCAACGAUGAUCGCGAUAUCAAACAAGGAAAUGCAGAGUAUAUCCACAACGAUGAUGUUGCGGAAGCGUGGAAGAAGGAAGCGAGGGAGAAGGAGCCAGAUAUCACCCCGAACAUGGAAAAUUGGAUCAUAGACGAGCUCCGCUUCAAGUCCGCCCUCUAUGAACAUAGCGGUGCAAUCGCCCUGUACAACGGGGAUGUCACAAAGUCCGACGUCAACAUUUCUGAUGAAUUCCGCGUCAGGCUCUUGAACGCCGUCAAGCGCCUCGAGGAUGUUCCGCAGGAAAUGCGGUUUUUCAACCCCGGGACUGGAUAUGUACAAGAAGAUCUUCUCCCAGUCGCAUUUUGCUGUCUCGUAUAUGGUCGUACUCGCGCUUUAACAGACAAGAUCAUCGGUACUGACGAGUCGCUUAAGUUUAUCGGCCAAGGAGAGGUCAUUCCCCCUCCUGAAGAAACUGGAAUCACCAGAGAGGAUAUUGCGACGAGAGUUGCGACCCAAGCUGAUAUCGUAACCAGGCCGUACAGCCGACAAUUCCAAAUGCUUCCAUUCGAGAUGAACUUGGGAGACGAUGGCAAAUGGCACAUCACGAGCUACAUCAACAAUUUGCAUCCCGACAAGUACAGCGAGCUAUACGAGAUCAUUGAGGAGUUGUUCAACAAAGUAACCAGCCAACUUGAGAUCACACUGACGCCCCUGAAGGAUAUGCUUCACUCACGAGCACGGAUCGAAUAUAGGAAAGCAGAAUACUAUCCUCUGCCGAAGGAGGUGGAGGAGCAGAUGCCGCAACCCAAUGAAAGGGAAGCCGAGAUCGAGUACGAGGACCGGCUGCAGAACUGGCGUAUGACAAACCUCGAGGCCGUCCAGCCUGACUGUGGGAGAUUUAUUCCCUGGGCAGUUCCUCAGUGGAUGAUGAACAAUAUCCCCAUGGACUUGUCGACUCCCCUUCGGGUCGAGAACGAGGUUCUCCUUGCUAAGGACUUCGCGAAGCAUGGGCUUCAAUUGAUUGUACGAAUUUUCAAUAUCCAUUUGUCGCCUGAGAAGCCAAGUUUCGAAUCUGGAUGGCACGGCGCCGGACAGAUGAACGAUCACGUCUGCGCCUCAGCCUUCGUCACCAUCGACCUUGACAACGCCACCGUCCCAACAAUGGCCUUCCGCCACCUCGCUGAAACAACCAGCCUCGACGAAGUCGAGCACCACCCAGAAGACACCGUCUGGCUGAAGAAAAUCUUCGGCCUAAACGUGGGCGACCCCGCAAUCCAAGAACCAGGCAAGAUCCGCUGCUUCCCGAACCGCAUGAUCAUGUUCCCGAGCACGGUGCAGCACCGGUACGAAGGGCUGGAGCUGAUCGACAGGAGCAAGCCUGGGGGCGCGAAGGCGUUUUCGUUUUUCCUCGUCGAUCCGAACAUUCGGAUCACGUCAACUGCGAAUGUGCCUCCGCAGCGGCUGGAUUGGGCGUUCCAGGGGGCUGAUUAUGAUGAGUUUUUGAAUCUGAAUAUCUCGUUGGAUAAGUUGUCGCUGGGAUUCCAGAAACAGUCGAACUUGCCGUUUUCGAUGAGUGAGGCUAAGAGGUUUCAUGCUCAGGCGCUCAAGGAGGUUAUUGAGUUUACCAAGUAUACUGAUGUCGCUUGGGAUUCGAAGAAGGUGAAUAUUUAA